AUGAGUGCUGUGGCCAAUUCAAGAAAAAUGGGCACCAUAGGGAAAACCAAAUCUUCGUGUUCCAGCACGUCUGUCUCUUCAUCAGAAGGGCAUUAUAACAGCACGGAGGGUCAGGAUAAAAAGCAUCGCGAAACAACGGUCAAACAGCCGCAAGAAACGUCGAUGGCUGGGAAGAAACAGCAUGAAAAAGAGCAGAACAAAGCUUACGCAUUUGAGAAGGACUACCUCGAGUGGGUUGAUCCGCACCCUGCCAAACCGCCAAGUUAUAGGUCUGCUAAUCCAAAUAGACGCGUUUUUUUCCCUGUAUACGAUACUCCAGAAUCGGGAUUCUUACCUCCUUACUCGCCUGCAGUGGAAGAAAUUACACUUGUUUCAGUGAAAAUGGAGUGGCUCGAUCCUUAUAACUGCUCCCCGUCUCGAGGCUGGAAGAACUUCAUUAUGGAGAUCAACUCUACGCAAUUGAAUUUCUACCAUAUCGAUCCACUUUUGACGAAGGGUAUCAAAAAUUAUUGUAACGGGAGGUCUCAAUUUGGCGGUGAAAAUAUUGACCCAAUACUCGAGUAUGAUAACCACCAUUCUAUUUUCAACUCUUUGGGUUCCAAAAGCACUUACCAAUUCAAUAAAUCUGAUCGAGAGUCCAUCACGCAACGGAUUAGAAAGGAUGAAACAAAAUUCCUUGCGCACAAGAAGUUGUUCAGAAGUUAUUCGUUGCAAUUCGCGAAAUUUGGUAUCCCUACAGAUUAUAAUAGAAAGACUUUUGUGUUACGUCUAAGGUGUGAAACAGAGCAGUUCAUGCUGAGCUUUUCGCACGUUGACGAUAUGAUUAUGUGGGGCGUACAUCUUAGCAUUGGCAUUGGAGUUGCUCUGGAUUUGGAUUUUAGAGAGCUUCCCACUUAUAGAACAGUUCCGCGGAGGCGGAGACGCAGAAGACGUAAAAGAAACGAAGGCACAAUGAGCGUGAGCAACAGUGUUACUAGAAAUGGCUCAAGCGCUUCCCCAAGAAACGCAAUUUUAGAAGUUUACUCCCCCUCUAAGAAACGAUCAAACUCUGCCACCUCAAGUGCUAACUCAAAUUGCACUGAAGAUUUUUUCUCGUCGCAUUCGGCCGCUAGUAGCAGGCGUGGCAGUAAUGAGUCGAUCAAAUCUAAACUCAAAAGCCUUUUUGGGUCUGAUAAGAGAGCGGGGGUUUCCUCUUAUAAAAGCUUUCAUAACAGAACAAUGAGUGUCACAGGUUUGAAUUCUGUUGUUGAAGACGAAGAGGAAGAUUCCGCACCAAUUGCGUCUGCAUCUGCAUCAAACACACCAGGAAAACAAGAAGCUCCCAGAAGACCUGCUUUAGAUAAACGCUCCCAGUCAAUGGGGCCUAUGCCGAACAAUAACGGCAACCCUCAAUCGGAAGACUAUUUUGGAUUGAUGCAUGGCGGAGAACACGAACACAGUGAUGUACCGGUUACAACACCGGGCUCCCCUGGAAGUAUGUGCUCAAUUGGUGGUGUUACAAUUGGGUCUGGUGGGCUACAAACUCAGACGGGUUUUCAUAACAAUGUUGGUUUGCAAGAUGACUUAAAUGAACUCAAUGAAAUAAUUCGUGAGCACAACGAAGAUGGCGAAGCUGUGAUAGAGGAAGAAGAAGAAGAAGACGAGGAAGACCAAGAAUCACCGACUUCCCAAGAUCAUGAGCUCGAAGAUGAGGCAGAAGAUGGCGAUGAUGACAUUGAUAGUAUACGUCACAACACAACUACUACUACGUCUUCUAUCUAUCAGGACGAAGGUAUUUUUCACGACAGUGAGGACGAUUACUAUUAUGUUAUGGACCGAAGCGACGCAUUUCGGCGCAGAGCUUCGUCGGUGACAAGUAACCUAAGCAGCACUCCAUAUGGAAGCGAGGGUGUCAAAUGGCAUCCGCCCCGGAAAGAAAUGUCAAGAAGAAGAUACAUUCGAGACUCGUUGCGCUGCAUCAAACCACUUCCCGAGGAUGAAGAGUGGCUUGGAAAGGUCAUAGUUCGGCCGGUUUCAGCUCCUGCUUAUGAGACCAACAACCCACCUAUUUCGGGCUUUAUUUUCGAAAAUGGCAAGACCGGAAGGCCAAAGGCUUCUAAAAUAAAAUCUCUAAGGAUAGAGAAUGGCAUCGUGCUGAACAAGUGCGUGAACCACUUUGUGAAACCUUACGUAGUGGGUCCCGUGGGACUUCUGAAAACAAACGCGAGGUGUUAA